AUGAAUAGUCGAAACCGCUGCGAAAUAACAUCUGAUACCGCACCAAUCAUAUCAAAAUCCGUAUUUGACGAUGCACCUAUUCAGACAGUCGAUGCGCUGAUACGGCACCGAGCACGCACAUAUCCUCAUGCCACCAUUGUCGCCUACCCAAGCUCAGGUGUCGACUUUGUUGAUUACUCGAUGCAACAGCUGGAUGUAUUCGCCUACCGGGUUGCGAGGCAUUACCAGACUUUCAUCCCAACAAGGACGAGCUCAGAUGCCAAGCCUACCACCGUGGCUCUGCUUGGGCCCAGCAACUUCGAAUAUGCAGUCACCAUGCUCGCUCUUACCAAGCUUGGUCACACGGUUCUGUUCUUGUCAACAAGGAUAUCACAGCUGGCUAUCGAGUCAUUAAUCGAGACUACUGGUGCGACAUACCUGUUGGCAGAUGCACGGUUCUUACAGACCGCUGCCGAUGUACAAGCGAACAUGCCAUCUGUCUACGUCGAGGAAAUUGCCAAGCAGUCAUUGUUCGACUUCCCUAUCGAAGUACACGCAGACACCCGUUUGGACUACCAGCUUGAUCACAACGUGGAGGCAUCCAACAAUGUGUACAUCAUCCACUCUAGUGGUUCGACUGGUCUUCCCAAGCCCAUCUAUCAGCCUCAGAGGAGCUGCAUUGCGAACUACGGAAUCCACAUGGACAUGAAGGCAUUCAUCACUCUGCCUUUGUACCAUAACCAUGGUAUUUGCAAUUUCUUCCGUGCCAUCUACUCCGGAAAGUCCAUCCACAUUUACAACGCAGACCUACCGCUCACACAACCGUACUUGACUUCGAUCUUACGAAAGCAUCAGUUUGAGAUCUUCUAUGGUGUUCCAUACGCGUUGAAGCUUCUUGCGGAAACUGAUGAGGGUAUUGCACUAUUGCAACAGCUCAAGAUCGUUAUGUACGGUGGUAGCGCUUGCCCAGACACACUGGGCAACCUGCUCGUUGACAACGGAGUUAAGCUCGUUGGUCACUACGGAGCCACUGAAGUUGGUCAGCUCAUGACAUCUUUCCGACCUGAUGGUGACAAAGCUUGGAACUACGUCCGGGAGUCGCCAAAACUUCAGCCCUUCCUCAAGUGGAUUCCACAAAGUCCGAACCUAUACGAAUGCACCGUACUACCUGGGUGGCCAUCUAAGGUUGCAUCCAACAGGCCUGACGGUAGCUACGCCACGAAAGACCUCUUCGAGCCGCACCCAACAAUCGAGAAAGCUUGGAAAUACGUUGCAAGACUCGACGAUACCAUUGUCCUCGUGAAUGGCGAGAAGUUCAAUCCUGUCAUGAUGGAAGGAACGAUCCGCUCGCACAAAGCUGUCACUGAGACAGUGGUGUUUGGCGCUGCCCGCCCAUAUCUUGGAAUGCUCGUUGUUCCCAGUCCUGCGACAACUGGCUUGUCGAGCGACAAGAUCAUCGACCAAAUUUGGCCAGUGAUCGAAGAAGCCAAUCGAACAGCCGAAGCAUAUGCUAGGAUUACCCGACAUAUGAUUCAGGUGCUACCACAUGAUUGCCAGUUUCCUCGAACAGACAAAGGCAGCAUCAUCAGGCAAGCGUUCUACAAGCAGUUUGCGCCCGAAAUCGAAAGCGCAUACGACCUGGCAGCAACCGCACAGGGAGAUCUUAAAGCCUUCGACAUACCUGAGCUGGAGGCCUUUAUCCGUUCCAUUGUUACCAAAUAUUUUCCCCAGGCAGAAGACAUUGAUCGAAUUGCCGACUUCUUCUCGCUUGGCCUGGAUUCAUUGCAGUCCAUCUUGAUUCGCACAGACAUUCUCAAGACUGUCGACAUCGGCAACAACAAGCUCGGCGAGAAUGUCGUCUUUGAGUACCCAUCCAUCGCUUCCCUGAGCGGUCAUCUUGACAGCCUCCGCGCUGGGGUGGUGGAAGAGCAGACCUCGGUCGAAGAAACCAUGCAGGACCUCAUCGCCAAGUACAGCGAUUUCAAGCCUGCUCGUAAGCAUACUGUGGUUCUUACAGGUACUACCGGCUCGCUUGGUGCUCAUGUUCUUGCGCAGUUAGUGUCUCGCGCCGACACCGAGAUUGUCCACUGCCUUGUCCGCGCAAAGAGCGGUAAGGAGGCGGCCCAUCGUGUUACACAAUCGCUUCUCCAGCGCAAGAUCUACCAUACCAUGUCUUUGGAAGCGCGCGCAAAGAUCAAUACCCUGCCUUCGGAUUUCUCCGACGCUCACUUGGGGCUGCCUACUGCGACCUACGAGGCCAUUGCCGAGAAGGUGACCAAUGUCAUCCACUGUGCAUGGGCCGUCAACUUCAAUUGGGGUCUGCCAUCCUUUGAAAGGGACUGCAUCGCUGGUGUGAACCAUCUUGUCAACCUUUGUCUCGCCACCCCUGCAUCCAAAGCGACUUUCGACUUCUGCUCUUCCGUUAGCACUGUCGCAAGAUGCCCAAGUAUGGUCACGCCAGAACAGGUCGCACAGUUGGACUGGGCUCAAGGCAUGGGUUAUGCUCAAAGCAAGUGUGUGGCAGAAAACCUUUGCGUGGCGGCUGCCAACCAGGCUGGUGUCAAGGCUAGGGUGCUUCGGGUCGGUCAAAUCGUCGCUGACACUGUUCACGGUGUCUGGAACAAGGACGAGGCCAUCCCUCUCAUGAUGCAGUCCGCGCUCACCAUCGGUGCACUGCCCAAGCUGCAGGAGUCUCCCAGCUGGACACCGGUUGACAUCAUCGCAAAAGCCGUCUCUGAGAUCUCUCUCAGCAACGCUGAGCCAAUUGUUGCCAACGUCACUAACGCAAAGACAUUCUCAUGGACUAACGAUCUCCUCCCUGCUCUGCGACAAGCUGGACUGGAGUUCGACGAGGUUGAGCCGAAGGAGUGGGUCGAGCGAUUGCGCAACUCCAGCAACGAUGUUGUUGCCAACCCCACCUUCAAGCUUGUAGACUUCUUCGCCUCCAAGUACGACAAGGAUACCUUUGGCCCAUCGAGAACCUACGAGACCGCAGUCGCGCGUCAAUGGUCGCCCGCUCUAGACAACGCACCAGUACUCGACGCAUCUUUUGUCAAGACCUUCGUCGAUCAGUUCAAGUCCGGCGCAUGGAAGCAGCCUUCCUCUAGCACUGCUGAGAAGAUGAAGCAAGUCAUUGUCGUUGCCGGCCCAUGUGGCAGUGGCAAGUCGACAGUUGCGAAGCACCUCAGUGCUACCCUCAAGGCACCCUUUGUUGAAGGCGACAAACUGCACUCCUGCAGUGCUGUCGAGCAGAUGGCCUCCGGCAUUCCGCUCGGCGAUGAUGAUCGCGCGCCUUGGCUCGACAGGCUAAACAAGCGUGCCCUCGAGACUGUCAACGAUCUGGGCUAUGAGAAGGUCGUCGUCUCUUGCUCUGCGCUGAAGAAGCAGUACCGCGACAAAUUCCGCGCUAUAGAGUCACAAGAUGUACAGGUCGUCUUCGUAGAUCUUCAGGCUGGGCAGGAAGAACUUGUGCGUCGUAUGCAGAGCCGUGACCCGCACUACAUGAAGCCCGAGAUGGUCAAAAGUCAGGUUGCUAUCUACGGCGCGCCAUCUGCAGAUGAGUUGGAUGUGCUACCUGUCGAUGCCGGUCAGAGUGUUGAGAAAGUUAUCGAGGAAGUUGAGGCUCUCUUGAAGAUGUUUGGUGCUUAG